AUGAGCCCCUUCCGCCUAGUAUACGGAAAAGCUUGCCACCUUCCUGUGGAGGUGGAACACAAGGCAUUCUGGGCAGUGAGGGAAAUCAACAUGGGAUUUGAGAAGGCCGAAGCUGAAAUGAAAAUGCAACUGCAAGAGUUAGAGAACCUUCGCUUAGAAGCAUACGAUAACUCCAAGCUAUACAAAGAAAAGAUGAAGGCUGUGCAUGAUAAGCACAUUAAAAGGAGAGAGUUCAGACCUAGGGAAUUAGUUCUCCUUUACAACUCAAGGUUGAGGCUCAUGCCAGGCAAGCUGAGAUCAAGGUGGGAAGGACCCUACAGAGUAGAGAAGGCAGAGCCAUAUAGAGUCUUCCACCUGAGCCAUCCUUCAAGUUCCAAUCUCAUCAAAGUCAAUGGACAUCGCUUAAAGCUGUAUCAUGGUGAGAAGAUGAAGGACAAUAAAGAGCUAGAGGUUUUCCUCUUGGAGGACCCGCCAACAGAAGCAGAUUAA